GAAACCACCAGGAAGUCUUUCCUUUCUCGUCUUUCUUUUACCUGUACAGUACAAGUCUGGAUUUCCCCAACAAUUAUCACCUCGUCUAUCUUUAAGUUAUCUAUGUAAAAAUAUACAGUUAGCUUCUUUUUCUUUAAACGUCCUGAGAUGAUUCACGAAGACUUACCGCUCAACUGAAAGAAUGCAAAACAGAAAGAAAAGUGACCACUUCUGUACUUGACCUUUGCAUUUGUGGAAUCAGUUAUACCUAAAGAUGUCUGAUUCUCAUCAGCAUAGCUUGUUAAACAUCAAUGAUCUGAGGGAGCCUGUUCUAAAGAAGCUUUGUGAAGUGCUGGAUAAAACCAACAAUAAAGGAUGGCGUAAACUUGCUGAGGUCGUGUCAGAUGACAGACGUUUUAAAGUGAGUGGAGAUGAAAUGGAGAAAUGUUCACUUAAAGUCCUUGAUCCUGAAGGCAGCCCAUCACGCAGCUUGUUGUGGCUGAUGGGAGAGAGAGGCUGCUCUGUAAGAAACCUAACAGAUUUUCUUCAUAAGAUUGGAAAUGUGGAAGCUGUUCAGUGUUUAAAAACACAAGGAAUUAAAAUUAUCAUCCAGCCCCAGUCGCAGGCAGUGUUAUCUGGUCAUAUCGUCCGAUUAGGAUGUCAUGCAGCCGGACAUCCCAAUAUUCAGUACCAGUGGUUUAAAUUUAAAGAAGAAAUACCUUGUGAAAAUUCCCCAGAGUUAGUCUUCAACCCUGUAAAUGUGAAUGAUACAGGUUUUUAUAUCUGCAGAAUAAACUGUGGAAAUUCGUUUGAAUUUAGCAACUGGGCAAAGCUGGAAGUUUGUGAUGUAAAUGUGCCCUAUGGCUCUAUGUUUAGCCCUACUGAAGGCCGCCUGAAAGUUGUGAUCCACCCACAGACACAAAAGCUGAUGGUGGGAGACACUUUAGAGCUGGAGUGUGGUGCAGUGGGUAAACCACUUCCUCAGUAUCAAUGGUAUAGAAAUGGGGCCCCCUUAAAGGAUGCAGCUAAAAAGAGAUACACUAUUUUUGAUGUUUCGGUGGAACAUCAGGGAAGGUACCGCUGCCAGGUGUUCAACGAGAUCGAAAGGCAGUGGAGCCGAGAAGUUGAAGUCCUUAUCGGACCAAGGUGCAAUUAUUCAUCUUCAGAAGCGGUGGAAUGUUCUGAAGAUGAUGUUAACAUCUUUGGGGAUUAUGAUCCAGUUAGAGAUGAAGGAGUUUUUGCAACAGAUAAGGUGGCCUUGCUCAUUGGAAACAUGUCCUAUAGGAAUCAUCCCAAACUAAAGGCACCUAUGGUGGAUGUGUAUGAUUUAACCAAUCUAUUACGGCAGCUGAACUUCAAAGUGGUAUCCCUUCUUGACCUUACAGAGUCAGAGAUGCGCAAUGCUGUAGAUGAAUUUUUACUUCUUCUGGAUAAAGGAGUGUAUGGUCUUCUCUACUAUGCAGGUCAUGGAUAUGAGAACUACGGGAACAGUUUUAUGGUUCCUGUUGAUGCCCCUAAUCCUUAUCACUCUGCAAAUUGCCUUUGUGUUCAGAGCAUUUUAAAAUUGAUGCAGGAGAAGGAAACAGGCUUAAAUGUCUUUCUUCUGGAUAUGUGCCGUAAAAGGAAUGUUCAUGAUGACCGUAUACCAAAUGUAGAAGCCCUGAGGGUUACUGCAAAUAUUGUGUUUGGAUAUGCAACAUGCCAAGAUGCAGAGGCAUUUGAACUUAAUUCCACAGGUCUGACAAAUGGAGUAUUCAUCAAAUUUCUUAAAAAACGUUUGUUGGAACAUGAAAAAAUCACAGUCGUUCUUGACAGAGUUGCAGAAGAUAUGGGCAAGUUUGAUCCCACAAAGGGAAAGCAAGCUUUGGAAAUACGCAGCUGCCUUUCAGAAAAAAGAUCUUUAACUGAUCCAAUCCAACCUAUUGGGUGCUCAGCUGAAGCAAUGGCCCGCAAUUUGCAGUGGGCAAAGGCUCAUGAGCUUCCCGAAAGCAUGUGUUUAGACUUUGACUGUGGAGUCAAGAUUAAACUUGGGUUUGCUGCUGAGUUUUCUAAUGUCAUGGUGAUUUACACAAGUAUUGUGAAAAAACCAAUUGAUAUGACAUCCUGCCAAGCAUAUGUUACAAAUUUCACACCGGACCUGGAUGUAGACCCCAAGGAAACAAACAAAGUCACCCCAGAGGAAACUGGCAGUUAUUUACUAUCUAAAAGUCUUCCUGAACACUGUCUGUAUACAAGACUAAGUUCCUUGCAAAAACUAAAGGAACAUCUUACAUUCACGGUAUGCCUCCAGGGCACAUUCACCUCUGUGGAUGAUCUGGUGGACUGGAGGAAGGAAGUCAACAUUGGAAAGCCUCUCAUUGCCAAGCUGGACAUUCAUCGCCAGGUCAGAAGAAACAGCUGCCUACAGACGUGUCGCAUGCCUCAUAGUCCAUCUCACAGUCCUGGCCCCAGCCCUUCUCAUAGCCCAAGCACUGAGCAUCAGUAUCACCAAUAUUCUCACCAGCCAUUCUCCAGUUCCCAUUUGGGAGUUUACCACCAUGGUCAUGCUUUCAUGAGCAACAUGGAAAGCCCUCCUCCCGUAGAUGACUUUGACUGCAGCACAAUGUAUUCAAAUAUUUCCCAUUAUAGUCGAGCACAGUCGGUUAUGACCAACAGAAUUAAUGUCCCCAUUGAAACCACUGAUGAUAUUAAUGAGCUGCACAGCAGCUUUAUAGACAGCCUUGAGCUUAACAACACAUUACUGAAUUAGAUCUAACCCUAAAUGGAUUACUGGGGUCAUUUCUGCCAUGGUAUUUGGUUUUGUUUUACUUUAAAUUGCCAAGCAUUUUAGUGUGUAAAAAACACUGAUAAAGUCGCAACAUUUAGAAAUGUAAUACACAUAUUUUAUCAUUUGCUACACAGUAGUAUUUCUCUACUAUACCACCAAGAAUUGUUUUCAAAAAAAUUGGGUUUCGUUGCGGUAGAAGUCUUAAAAAUGAAACACUUUUUUCAAGCAAGACAACUAAAAGUUUUUUUCUUGCAGUUAAAUGUUUAAUUGUUGAUUUUUUUUUUUUUGGUCCAAUUGAAACAGCCCAGCGUAUCUUUCCCAAAUUAUCUACAGUUCAUUAGCUUCUGAAUGAUCAUUCUGUGGGCCACUUGAUGAAAUAGACCAGUAAGUUAUAAGCAGAGAAAUCGCUCUGAGCGCUGAUUGUUAGAUGAUAAGUUCCCACCACUACUGUGUCCUCCAUUGAGCCACGCUGAGUAGGUUGAAAAUAUUCAGUGCCACCCAUGCCAAAAUAGCUACAAGGGGU